UGGCCUCUGUGGUGGUGAUUCUAUCCAGGGGCUCCAGGUGGAAUGGUGCCCAGUUGCCAGGUUGAAGUACUGUAUUUUGCAAAAAGUGCUGAAAUAACAGGAGUUCGUUCAGAGACCAUUUCUGUGCCACAAGAAAUAAAAGCACUGCCGCUGUGGAGAGAGAUAGAAACUCAACAUCCUGGAUUGGCUGAUGUUAGAAAUCAGGUGAUAUUUGCUGUUCGUCAAGAAUAUGUUGAGCUUGGAGACCAGCUCCUCUUGCUUCAACCAGGAGACGAAAUUGCCAUUAUCCUCCCCAUCAGUGGAGGAUAGUACUUUUGAGCCAUCUAGCUCAAUUCACAGUCCUCA